AUGUUUACCACUCGAUUUUCGACCGUCGUGAGCAUUACGAUGAUGAGCCUGAUGAGUUUGAGUAACGGCUCACCGACGCCCCAGGUGGGGGUGACGAGCAAUGUAGCGGCUGGGGGGCAGUACGGGAACGGCCAAUACGGGGCGAGUGGGUACGGGAGCAACGGAUUCAACGGGGGGUACAAUGGAGGCCAGGCCGAGAGCGGAGGCCAAUCGAGCUCGAACAGCUUCGAACAGUCCUCGGGCACCUCCAGCCAAGCCUCCGGAGGCUCCAGUGAGGCCUCUGGCGCAGGGGGCGCCGCCGGUUACGGCGCUAAUGGCUUCGACUCUAACGCGGCCACUAACUUUGGAGCCGGUUACGGCGCCGGGUCCUCCGCUGUCGGUGGUGGAUUAGGUUAUGCUGGUGGUCUCGGAGCCGGAUAUGGUGCCGGAUACGGUGGCGGGCUCGGUGGAGGUUAUGGUGGAGGCAUUGAGAUUGGCGGAGGACUCGGUGGAGGACUGGGUGGAGGCUAUGGCGGAGGCUAUGGUGGAGGUGGAGGUGGAGGUGGAGGAUACGGUGGAGGAUAUGGAGGAGGAUACGGUGGAGGUGGAGGUGGAGGCUACGGCGGUUACUAAUCUCGCUCCGAAAAUCUUGCCAAUCCGCCUUACCCAAUGUGCUCUGCGGUUGGACACCAAUGCACACGGACGAUACGGCCACUAAGGCUUUCCGGACUCUUUCUC